AUGGUGACCGAUUUGCGCUCGCUUCCAAUUGUGAAAGUUAUUGGCGAACCGUUGGAUGAGACACUUGAGACCGUGGUCGAAUCGAUUCAAUUCUCCAUUUUCUGCUUCACACUUCCCUUCUACCUGUUUGUCACUUAUAUCAUGUUGAAUGCUCAAUUACGGGGCAUCGUGGAACUCUCCACACCUUUCUUCAAGCUCUGCAUCACCACUGCCGUCGUCGAUAUUUGUGAGUGGCCUGAAAACUUUUUUAGAUUAGUGAGUUAGAUCAGUGAGAGAACUGUGUGAACCUUUGUUGAGAUUCAAUCAGUCCAGUUUUCUUUUUUAUUACUAGUAAUUGUUGUUCUUUUCGUUUGUCAGGGCUCCUCGAGCACGAAGAAAAUGGGUCAGACCACUUGAACAUACUGAGUCACUGGCUAAGAUUCGAUAAGAGGCAAAUACAGCAAAAGUAUAGUUGCUAACUUAACCUAGGAAAUAUCACGGCGACUAAAAGUGUAGAAAGAUUUCCGGAAAUGAAAAAGUUCAUAUAACAUUCACAGAAAUGGUUUACUUGAGAUUAAACUUGAGAGAGGUUGAUAGCCCAAUUACUUUUCUAAUAUAAACGUUCGCAAUUUAACUCCGACUUUUUUUUCCAUUUUCAUACAAAGUACAUUUCAGGCGGCCUUCUCAACAACUAUCUGGGCGCGAUGUUCCCCAAAUGGAGCUGGGGUACCGGCAUCUAUUUGUACCUGGACCACUUUUACGCGCACGCUUAUCUGUACUUUGCCUGGGCUUUAGGUUCGUUUAUAAUUACGUAAAUAACCUGAUGUCGUGUGUGAGAACAACACGUGGCAUGUCAUGAUAAUAGAAGCUUUGCAACAAUUCUCUGGUUCAUGGGAAAAGGUCGGAGGAAGGAGCAAAAAAUGAUGUUUGGUAAAGAAAGAACAAUGUUUAGAGGGUGUGCAACAGAAAUCUUCGAGUUUCUAAGUGUUGUAGCAACGGAAUUGUGUCAGCAAAUUCAUGAAGUCCUCUGAACUCUUUAAAUCAUCCGAUAGUUAUCACUUAACUAUAUCAUGUAUCAAGAAUACGCUAGAAAACUAGCUUGGAGUUAUUCUGGUACCUAAUUACACCAUUGCGCCCUCAAAUUCCGGGAAAACUCUCAAAACGAAUCAUUAUAAUGUCUAGUCAGGCGCCCCAAAUAUAUUUUGAUGCGCGCCGGGAGAAAAUUGAUUGGCAGGUGAGUUGUAGUCCGAAAUGAGUGGGAGAAGUAUUGAAUUAAAUCAGGAAUGUUACUAGUAUUGCCGUAAUGAAAUCGCGAAGGACGAAUUAGGAAUCUGCAAAUCUACAGUAAUCCUUUCAGGUAUCUGUCAAGCCAUUUGCGUUUCCAUCCUUGCCACGAAUCGUCUUUCCGCUAUAAUGUUUCCUAAUAAACAUAACAUCGUAAGUGAGACCUACGAGCAUAACCUUUUUUGAAAACAAACGGUUUUUCUGUAGAUGUGGAGCUCCACCCGCCUACGCAUUGCCAUGUCGCUCCAGUUUAUUCCCGGAAUGAUUGCGGGUCUCGCCACGCUUUUCAACGGGACCCAAUUGUAUCGAAACAACAAAAAUGGAGUGGUCCCAAAGUUUAUCGAGUGAGACUGACUAUUUGAAAAACGGUGAAAUAGUGAAAUGUUACAGUGAAAAGCUAUCGGACUUCUUUUUUCUAGUUGUCGGGGCAUUUUUGACAAUUGUCUGUAUAUAUCUCAUUUCUGCAUAUUGUUAUCUUUUGUACGUGUUGCGCAAGAAUAGUAACGCUAUUGUAAGUUCAAAAUUGUUUGGCAGCUUCUCCUAUGGCGAAUGACUUUUAGAAAAGCACUCAAUUGCGAAAAACUCGAUCGAAGAUCAGAAAAAGGGAAUUCAAGCUGUUUAUAAUGAGUAGUAUUACCGGUAAAUGACAGCAGCAUGGUGCAUCAGCCAACGUUCUCCAAUUCUAGUAGCCAUCCAAAUCGCGGCACUUUGUCUUUUUGUCUCUUACGCCACUGGGAUACUGGCAAUCUCGUUGGACAAGUUCUAUCUUCUCUACAACGGCAUCAGGUACCUUUUUGUGCUGUUCUCCAUGUAAACCCGGUUAUUCAGUGACCUUUACGCGGGUAUCAACCCCUAUCUCCUCUGGAUUUUCUCUGAUUCACUCCGAAGACACAUCAUUAUUUGGUUUGGCUUCCAAACGAAUCGAAAACAGCCAAGCUCUUCGGUGAUGAAUGUCAUUCAUUAAAUUUUUACUUUGACAAAAAUAAAUCGAAACAUAAGAAACAGCACUUUUGGGGUGCACCUUACAAAGAUGACUCGUAACUGUCAAGAACAUGUUGGUUGCAAUUUGCAACUUGCAAAGUGUCUCGAUUGACCUUUUGCAACAGUUUCAUACAAUUUUGGCAAUCACUUGCUCAGUUUCUGUAAAUUUCUUAUCAAAGUGUUCAAAAUGAGCGAUAGCGCUGUAACGCAUUGAUUGGAUCCUUUCUAAACUUCAAAAUAAGACGGUCACGACUUGCAAAAUGCAAAUGAAGUUGCUCAAUGAUGCUCGAACAUUGGUUUCAAUCUGUCCUAAUCUAUCUUCUGGCUCUCUUCCGUACAAGAGUGCUCUUUUCAGUGAGCUGAUCGCUAGCAUCAAUCCGUACCCUCUGGAUAUUCUCAUCCCCAAUCGGAUGCAGAACACUGAAUUCAGGCACCACCACUGUAGUUAGUACGGAAAACGCUGGAAAGAGCUGUGUGACUGAAAAUAUGGUAUUCUAGAAAUCAGGAAUUGCCUGACACGCGGGUCAUUUUUUUCACUCCAAUGUGGCUAAAACCGUACAUGUACUUGCUCCUGUACUCAUCGAUAAAUCUGCGUGAUUUCGGAAUCAUUUGAAGGAAAAGGGUUUUCUCUCAUAAUUGCACAAAAACUGUGUUGCCGAUUGUCACGUAUGAAACCAACAACCACCAAAGUAUACAUAAAUGGGUUUUCCGCCAAAAUCCAUUUACGCACUGACGUGCUCUUCAGUCUCACCCCUACUCUAGCCACGCUCACAUUUUUUUUUAUUCGGCUGUUUUGGAGUUGCCGGCACAUUUUACCUCCAGAAAAGCAGCUGGACUCGUGUGCUUUUUGAUAGGACUCACUUUCCGAAAAGAUUUCAUGCUCGUAACCUUAGACGAUGUCCGUUGCAUACUAGUAUCCCUCCGUUAAUGCCAUCAGAUGGUGACCGAUUUGUGCUCGCUUCCAAUUGUGAAAGUUAUUGGCGAACCGUUGGAUGAGACACUUGAGACCGUGGUCGAAUCUAUUCAAUUUUCCAUUUUCUGCUUCACACUUCCCUUCUACCUGUUUGUCACUUAUAUCAUGUUGAAUGCUCAAUUACGGGGCAUCGUGGAACUCUCCACACCUUUCUUCAAGCUCUGCAUCACCACUGCCGUCGUCGAUAUUUGUGAGUGGCCUGAAAACUUUUUUAGAUUAGUGAGUUAGAUCAGUGAGAGAACUGUGUGAACCUUUGUUGAGAUUCAAUCAGUCCAGUUUUCUUUUUUAUUACUAGUAAUUGUUGUUUUUCCCGUCUGUCAGGGCUCCGCGAGCACAUGGAAAUUGAGUUAGAACACAUGGAGACACUGAGUCACUGGCUAAGAACCGAAAAGUGCCGAAGACAGAAAAGUACAGUAGCUAACCUAUGCAUUGAAAACUCAUAUAAGAGUUACAAAUAUUUUUUGUUCUAAAUGAAACUUGGAAAUUCUUUUCUAAUAUAAACAUUCCCAACUUAAAAGCUCCGACUUAUUUUCCACUUUCAUAAAAACCACUUUUCAGGGACCCUUCUCAACAACUAUCUGGGCGCGAUGUUCCCCAAAUGGAGCUGGGGUACCGGCAUCUAUUUGUACCUGGACCACUUCUACGCGCACGCUUAUCUGUACUUUGCCUGGACUUCAGGUUCGUUUAUAAUUACGUAAAUAACCUGAUUUUGUGGGUGAGAACUACACGUGGCAUGUCAUGCUAAUAAUAGCUUUGCAACAAAUCUCUGGUUCAUGGGAAAAGGCAAAAAAUGAUGUUUGGUUGGGAAAGAACAAUGUUUAGAGGGUGUGCAACAGAAAUCUUCUAGUUUCUAAGUGUUGUAGCAACGGAAUUGUGUCAGCAAAUUCAUGAAGUCCUCUGAACUCUUUAAAUCAUCCGAUAGUUAUCACUUAGCUAUUACGUGCACAGAAAAUACUGUAGAAAUUUUACUUGGUCUUAUUCUGGUACCUAAUUAGACCAUCACCCACUCGAAUUCCGGAAAACUCUCAAAACGAAACAUUAUAAUGUCUACACUUUCAGGUAUUUGUCAAGCCAUGUGCGUUUCAGUCUUAGCCACAAAUCGUCUUUCCGCUAUAAUGUUUCCUAAUAAACAUAACAUCGUAAGUGAGACCUACGAGCAUAACCUUUUUUGAAAACAAAAGGUUUUUCUGUAGAUUUGGAGCUCCACCCGCCUACGCAUUGCCAUGUCGCUCCAGUUUAUUCCCGGAAUGCUUGCGGGUCUCGCCACGCUUUUCAACGGGACCCAAUUGUAUCGAAACAACAAAAAUGGAGUGGUCCCAAAGUUUAUCGAGUGAGACUGACGUUAUGAAAAACGUUGAAAUAGUAACGUUUCAGUGAAAAACAGGUGACAUUCUUCUUUCUAGUUGCCGGGGCAUUUUUGACAAUUGUCUGUAUAUACCUCAUUUCUGCCUAUUGUUAUCUUUUGUACGUGUUGCGCAAGAAUAGUAACGCUAUUGUAAGUUCAAAAUUGUUUGUCAGCUUCACCUAUGGUGAAUGAAUUUUAGAAAAACACUCAAUUUCGAAAAGCUCGAUCUCAAAUCAAAAAACGGGAAUUCAAGCUGUUUAUAAUGAGUAGUAUUACUGGUAAGUGAUAGCCUCUUGGUGCAUCAGCCAACGUCCUCCAAUUUUAGUGGCCAUCCAAAUCGCGGCACUUUGCCUUUUCGUCUCCUACGCCACAGGGAUACUAGUAAUCUCGUUGGACAAGUUCUAUCUUCUCUACAACGGCAUCAGGUACCUUUUUGUGCUGUUCUCCAUGUAAACCCGGUUAUUCAGUGACCUCUACGCGGGUAUCAACCCCUAUCUCCUCUGGAUUUUCUCUGAUUCUCUUCGAAAACACAUUCUCAUCUGGUUCGGAUUCAAACAGCAUCAAAAACAGCCGAGCUCUUCAGUCAUCACUGUCAUUCAUUAG